AUGUCGAUACUCCAAGCCUCGCCUCUUAUUCCUCCCUCACGACCUGAAAUCAUUCAGUCGCUUAUUGACGGAGUAGAUAGAUACAAUCCUGACAAUAUUUCAAUUCUGGAAGAAUAUUUGGGAGCGCAGUUACAGAAUGAGGAAUAUGAUUUGAUGGCCAAUUUGGCAAUAUUAAAGCUGUAUCAGUUUAAUCAGCAUCUAAUUAAUGACCGAGUGAUAAUAAAUAUACUCGUGAAAGCACUGACAGCAAUACCAAACCCAGAUUUCAAUUUAUGUCUUUAUUUAUUACACGAAAGCGCUCUUGCAGAAGAUAGUAUACAGAAAUUGCUACAUCUCCAAUCACUUCUUGAACAAGCGAGAUACCGAGAAUUCUGGCAUGUGUAUGAAUCAGAGGAAACAUAUAGAAUAUUAACGUCUGAAGCAAUUGGAUUUGAGAAUGCCAUUCGCAAAGUCAUUGCAAGAGUCGUUGCCAUAUCCUUUCAGACAAUCUCUACGGAAUUGCUGCAGAGCUACCUUAAUAUUGGGGCAUCGAAUGGACACUCGGAUGAGGACUUUUCAUUCUUUAUCGAAAAGCAAGGCUGGAAAGAAGAAAAUAAAGUCGUUCAUAUCCCAGUAAACAAUGAUAAUGAGGCGAAACCUACCGUAAUAAGAGAGAAUAUUAAAUUUGAACAACUCACAAAAGUAAUCGGAUACUCUAAUGAACUCUAA